UGUCCUGCAGGCGGCAGUAAUGAGACGCGUGUGUCUCAGAGUUUACUGACGUCACUACUAAAGAAGAAACGCGAACAGACGACAGUAGAGCAUACGAUACAAUAUUGAAAUGUUUUAAAUCAUUAUUUUGAUUGGACUGGAUGUCUAAAGCGCCGAGUUAUCUGCACUAACUUAACAGAAGGGUUGAGGUUCGAGUUUGUGAAAUGUCUGUUGUGUUUGUUCCCAAACGGCAGCGCGGAAAAGCGCAAAUCAACCAGGAGACAAUUCAGAGAUUGUUGGAUGAGAAUGAUCAGCUCGUCAGAUGUAUUACAGAAUACAUGCAGAAGGGUCGAGCCACAGAUUGUGUCCAAUAUCAGCAGAUUCUGCACCGAAACAUUGUGUACCUGGGUACCAUAGCAGAUGCCAGCACAGAAAUCCCACCUGAUAACAUUAAUACUUGUGAAACAAACACACUGGCUGAGAGUACAGACACAUCAGAAGUUACAGAACAAGGCGACUAAUAGAGAUUUUCUUUUGUGUACAGAAGUCAAGUCCUUUUUGUAAAUUUGUAUAAUGUAUAAAGAGACAAUAAACAUUUUUAAUGUAAAAUAAGAAUAA